AUGCCAGCCUGGCUGCGCAAUGAUGAAGAGCGGCGUCAGUUGUUCGCGGCCCUACGCUCCACUCCGCCUGAGCCGGUCAGAGGUAGCAAGCGAAAGAAGGAAGAGAAACCACAGCCAACUGUGGACCGAAAGCUCGCUUUGUUGAAGUUGCGGGACGUGGCAUGUUCGGGUCUGCGAGAAGCACUGUGGCAAGAUGCAGAGGUUCAAGAGAUCCUGCUGAAAGGCUUAGAAGAUAACCAGCCGGAGCUUGCGCGAAUACUUUCGUUGGGGGUGAUGGUCCACCUUGCUGCAUCGUCCAGAAACUGUCAUUCUCUACUUCACAACGACCAGGUGCGGGAAAGUCUGGCCAAUCUUCAAACUGAUGGUCAGCCCCAAGAAGUGCGGGAGAAGGGACUUCUGGCCUUGGUAGCUCUGGCAGUUCCAGCUUUUCAUGAGUGUCAACAAGUAAGUGAGGACCUUAGGGACGUACUUGGAAAGGCAGCUCGAAGAAACGCAGAGACUUCCCAACGUCUUCUUGUCUUCCGGGCCCUUUGGAGUGCAGCGGUAGUCUGUCAAAGCCCCGAGUUGUUCUUUGGAAAUCAAGUGAUUUGGGCCACAGUCCUUCAAAGUCUUCAAGAGGAAGAAGAUGCGGAUAUCCGCGAAGGUGGACUUGGUGUACUGAGUGCUCUGGCUGGCCAGCAAGCUGUCGCACAUUUUCUAUGGCAAGAUGAAGACGAAAGUCGUGUGUGUGAAGACAUCUUUCUCAACACCCUUCGGUACCAGCCAUCACGCAUUCGUGGAAAAGCUUUGACGGUUUUAGCAAGUAUCGUCAAAAAUCCAGAAAAGCGAGCAUCCGUGUGGUCAUAUGUUUCUCUCGCCAGAAGAAAUCCGGACCAGGACAGUUGUGGGAAAGAUGAUGUACACUAUGCCAGAGAGAUGCUCGGAAGCGCUGGCAGCCAACGUGGACGUCUCGGGAGUGAUGUUUCUGGUGGCAGGUCAAGGGCGGGGAGCGAUGCAUCUGCUGCAUCGCAAUCCAAACAGUCAGGAGACCAUGUGAAGCGCACACAUACCGAUCAAGAUGAUCAAAUGGAUUCACCUGGUACCAUGAAAGACAGCAUCAUUGCUGCUGCCUCCAAAUCAGAGCUUCCCAGUGUGCGAUGGCCUGCUCUGAGUAUCUUGCUUGAACUCGCCUGGGAUGAAGAGCAUAAGAUGUCUCUCAUCAAUUGCAACGUUCCGGAGUCAUGGCAGCAGGAUGCAACAAGCCAUGGGAAAAAUGGUGCAGCAAACCAUUUCAUUUGCGAGCUUCUUGUCGAAGCUUUGCCUGAUGAGCGCUUGAGCAUGAAAGAACGGAAACUUUGCAAACAUGGCCAUAGACGUCUUGUUGAUUGGAACGAGGUGAGAAUCGCAGAAGAGCUUCGUAUUGAGCGGGAGAACCAGAGUCGAGAGCUUCGCAACAUGCUAUUUGAAGAAGAAUACCAGGACUGGACAAAGAGAGUUGAAGAGCAGAAAGCAAUGAAGCUGGAAGAUGAACUUUCACUUGAGUUCCGCAAACACCUCGCGUUCCUCAGCUAUGAUGAUUUUGACUUGAGUAACCCACCCUAG